AUGCCUGUGCGGCGGCAACAGUCCGCUUUGUCCCGCCGCGCGGCGGCGCGGGGGCGGGAGGGACAAGGGUUCGAAGGGACAGCCCCGUCCCGCACAUCGAUCAUCGCGCCCUGCGAGGCGGCCACUAACGACCCGGAGGGCGAGGGCGCCGCCACACACUACCCCCUCCCACUGGCCCCUCCAAGGCCCGCUCCCACAGCCCCUCUCGCACCUUCUCGUAGUAUUUUCCCGUGCCGCAACGCCCGCUGCGUGCGCCUCGACCGCUACUGCGACGGCGUCGACGACUGCGGCGACAAGUCGGACGAGCCGCGCUUCUGCACCGAAAGGAAACAGACGCUCAUGUUGUCAGAAGAAUCAUAUUAUCGAGUUGGAAUGACGUUGACAAGUUGGAACGACUGCGAUGUGUGUAACCGCACCUACUACGGCGACGUGGGCAAGACGUACGAGCUGGAACUGCACAAGGCGAAGGAGGAGCGGCUGCCCUACCUCUGCCAUCUCACCUUCACCGCCAACGGACUCAGCCACGGGGAGCUGGUGCAGCUCAUCUUCGACGCCUUCAACGUGGGGCGGUACGAGGCGUCGGCGCUGGACGGCUGCCCCGACGGCUACAUGCAGCUGUCGGAGCUGGGCCGGCCCUUCACCGGCGGCUCGUGGUGCGGCGGCUCGACGGGCUACGCCGUCUACUACAGCGAGACGGCCACCGUGACGGUCUCCGUCAAGCUCUUCCCGUCGCCCGUCUACACGGACACGCCCUUCGAGUUCCGCCUGCGCUACAAGUUCGUGGGGCGCGACGAGGCCGUGGUGCGCUUCGGCAGCGUGGGCGCGCCGCUCGAGCGCGGGGAGGUGAGUGGCGCGGCUGCAUUUCCUUCCCUCCUGAUUCCUCUUCAGACUCGAGCAAGCGAAGGAGUUUGGCACUGGCUGUUCUUGGCGUUCCUCCCUCCCUGA